AUUUACUAAAAAAUCUUUCGUCAAAAUAUUCAAAUGUUGGUGAAUUAAUUACUUUUAGUGAAAAUUUACACUUUUUACCGGGUGAAUUUGAUAAUGAAUUUAUUGAAACGUUUAAAGAUUUUAAUGAAAGUGAAGAAGAAAAUUCUUUGAAUAAUAAUAACAAAAAACAUUGGAUUGUUGCAGAAAAUGGAGUUGUUAGAGCUUUAGAUAAUGUGGUACCUGAAGAUUAUAUGACUGGAAAUUUUGAUUUUCAAAAGUUUAAUCAUGAAAUAUCUGAAAAUGAGAAAAGUAAUAGUUUUGUACAAAACUUUGUUCAAAGCAUAAUUGGGGGUAAAACUUAUGGUGUAGCAAAACGAGUCAAUCUUAUCGCUGUUAAAUCACUUGAUAAUGAAGGAAUUGGCUCGGUUGAAAGUGUUCUUUAUGGACUUCAAUAUGUAAUUCAAAGUCAUUUGGCCAAAGGUGGUAAAGGAAAAACAGUCGCAAAGUAUGAUUAUAUAAUUAUCACAUAUGACUCCUACAUAAUUAUUGCAAAAUAUUUAUUAAUGAACAGAUAUAUUGAUUGUUUUAUUUGCUAG